AUGGCAAGCGAUCAUAGCGAUGUGGAUGAUUUUUCCAGUGACGGAGAAGAGUCUAAUCCUCUACUGAUUAAAUCUGACAAGAAAUCUCAAAUUCAUGGAGAUGUUUUCGACAAGGAAAGUGAUGAAGAAGAUGAACAGAGUGAACACAGUGAAAAAGAAGAGGAGCAGGAGGAAGAUCAAGAUGAAGAUGAUAAGCAGGAGACUAAUGAAGGUGUCGUGAGCCAACCAGCUCAAGCAUCAAAAUCAGCCUCUGAUGAAGAAGCUGAAAGGAAAGCUAAGAAACUGGAAAGAAUUCAAAAAUUGAGGUCUGCUAAAAAAUCGAAGCACAAGACAGGUGUCGUCUAUUUAUCCACAAUUCCACCAUAUAUGAAGCCCACUAAAAUGAGACAAAUUCUUACAAGAUUUGGAGAAGUCGAUCGUCUUUUCCUAAGAAGAGAGGAUGAAAAAUCACAUAAGCAAAGAGUUAGAAGUGGUGGUAAUAAGAAAGUAAUGUACGUGGAAGGAUGGGCAGAAUUUGUGAGAAAAAGAGAUGCCAAAUUAUGCGCAGCAACUCUUAAUGGAAAUAUUAUUGGAGGCAAAAAAGGAUCAUUUUACCAUGACGAUAUAAUGAAUUUAAAAUAUUUACCAGGGUUUAAAUGGUCAGAUCUAACCGACCAAAUAGCAAGAGAAAAUGAUAUCAGACAAUCUAAACUCGAGAUGGAAAUUUCCCAAGCUAAUAAAUUAAAUGCAGAAUAUACUAAAAAUGUUGAGAAGAGUAAGAUGUUACAAAAUAUGAAGAAUAGUAAGAAAAGGAAAAACGGUGAACAAGACGAGGACGAAUCUAAAGAAGUCGUUGAGCCUCGUAAAAACUUUAAACAGCAUAAGGUGGCCAGCUCAAGAGCUAACGCUCCUGAAGAUAUUAAAAAACAUGAUAAUUCCAAGGACUUGGGAACGGUUCUAAAUAAUUUGUUAUAG